CACUUGUGAAAAUGUUUGGAGCUGCUCUUUGCUUACCGCGGGGCCUCUGGAUUAGGAGCUGUUUUUCAGAUCAGAGUGUAUCCACUGAAUGGAAUUUUAGUGUUGUGCUGUCAUUUUGAUGUUUUCAUCCGGUCUUCAUCAGUUCUGCCAGACGUUUCCUGCGAGAAUGGGGGCAGGAGCGCUCGCCGUCUGUCAAAGUAAAGCAGCGGUUCGGCUGAAAGAAGACAUGAAAAAGAUAGUGGCAGUGCCACUCAAUGAGCAGAGGAAUUCUACCUAUAAAAAAUUGUUUGGAGUCAGUCUCCAAGACCUUGAACAGCAGGGGCUCACUGAGAAUGGCGUUCCAGCUAUAGUGGGGAAUAUCGUGGAGUACUUGACAAAGCAUGGACUCAGCCAGGAGGGCCUUUUCAGGGUGAAUGGCAAUGUGAAGGUGGUGGAACAGCUGCGCCUGCAGUUCGAGAGCGGAGCGCCGGUGGAGCUGGGGAGAGACGGCGACGUGUGCGCAGCUGCCAGUCUGUUGAAGCUCUUCCUACGGGAGCUGCCGGAGCGGGUGAUCACCGCAGCUGUACGACCCCGGCUCAUUCGGCUCUUCCAGGAUGACAGACAUGAUGCUCAGGAGAGUCGCUUAAGAGACUUAAUAAGAGAGCUGCCAGACACCCACUACUGCCUCCUCAAGUACCUGUGCCAGUUCUUGACAGAAGUAGCCAAGCACCACGUGCAGAAUCGCAUGAACGUUCACAAUCUCGCCACCGUGUUUGGGCCAAAUUGCUUUCAUGUGCCACCUGGGCUUGAAGGCGUGAAAGAACAAGACCUCUGCAACAAGAUAAUGGCUAAAAUACUGGAAAAUUAUAAUACCCUGUUUGAAGUAGAAUAUACAGAAAAUGAUAACCAGAGGUGUGAAAGCCUGGCCAGGCUUAUCCUAGUAAAAGAGGCCAGUUGUCAGAACUCCUUGCCCAUGCUUCUAACAAAAGACUUAGAAAGAGAGAUGCAGAAACCAUGUCCAAAAACCAGGAUCCCAAAGUCCAGGAGUGAGGGAUCUAUUAAGGCCCACAGGGUACCUCAACCGGAGCUAUCUGAUGGCGUUCCUCAGGUCAGCCUACGGCUAAGUCAUAGAAAACCCUGCUGGGAUGACAUGAAUUCAGCAGAGGAUGCUAGCAGUGCCAAGUUGGUAUCCAGUUCACAGGAAGAUGAAAGACCUAUGUCACCUUUCUAUUUGAGUGCCCAUGUAUCCCAGGUCAGCAAUGUUUCGACGACUGGAGAACUCUUAGAAAGAACCAUCCGGUCAGCUGUAGAACAGCAUCUUUUUGAUGUUAAUAGCUCCGGAGGCCAAAGUUCAGAGGACUCGGAAUCUGGGAGCUCAUCAGCAUCUUCCACCACGUCCACCAGGCAGCGCCGGCGCCCGUCCAAGGAGCAGGAUGAAGUUCGGUGCGGCAGAGACCUGGGACUUAUCAACAAAGAAAAUAUUCCUUCUGGGUUCACCAACCUUGACGAUUGUAUUUUGAAUGCUCCAGAAGUGGAAAAAUUACAUGAGAGUGCUUCUGGUUAUAUUGGAGAAAGGGGCAAACCCAAACGUCAGAAAUCCAGUUCUAAACUUUCUGAGCACAAUGAGAAUCAAGAUAGUCUUGUGAAUAUGGAAAGUCUCAGUUCCCCACCUUCUCACGAGAGGACUGCACCUGAUGAUGUUGAACUGAUGUCCGAUGAAAGCAAAGAAAAUGAAAAAGAGGACAGACACACCCAGCAUUUUGAGAGCUCCACAAUGAAGAUUCAGGAGCAUCCCAGCCUACCUGACACCAAACUGCAGAGGACGCAAGAUGCCGAUGACCAGCAGGAGAGCUUUGUCUCUGAAGUACCCCAGCUGGACCUGACUGCACUGUGUGAUGAGAAAAGCUGGGAAGAGCCCAUCCCUGCUUUCUCCUCGUGGCAGCAGGGGAGCGUGGACUCUGACGAGGCGCGCCUCUCCCCGCAGGCCGGGCGCCUGAUUCGUCAGCUUCUGGAUGAGGACAGCGACCCCAUGCUCUCUCCUCGGUUCUACGCUUACGGGCAGAGUAGACAAUACCUGGAUGACACAGAAGUGCCUCCUUCUCCUCCAAAUUCCCAUUCUUUCAUGAGGCGGCGCAGCUCCUCCCUGGGGUCCUACGAUGAUGAGCAAGAGGACCUGACACCUGCCCAGCUCACGCGAAGGAUUCAGAGCCUUAAAAAGAAGAUCCGAAAGUUUGAAGACAGAUUUGAAGAAGAGAGGAAGUACAGACCUUCCCACAGUGACAAAGCAGCCAAUCCAGAGGUUCUGAAAUGGACAAAUGACCUUGCCAAGUUCCGGAAACAACUUAAAGAGUCAAAGCUAAAGAUAUCUGAAGAGGACCUAAGCCCCAGGAUGCGGCAGCGAAGCAACACGCUCCCCAAGAGUUUUGGUUCCCAACUUGAGAAAGAAGAAGAGAAGAAGCAAGAUUUGGUAGAUAAAGCGAUAAAACCAAGUGUUGAAGCCACACUGGAAUCUAUCCAGAGGAAGCUCCAGGAGAAGCGGGCAGAAAGCAGCCGUCCCGAGGACAUUAAGGAUAUGACCAAAGACCAGAUUGCAAAUGAGAAAGUGGCUCUGCAGAAAGCUCUGUUGUAUUAUGAAAGCAUUCAUGGACGGCCGGUAACCAAGAACGAACGUCAGGUUAUGAAGCCGCUAUAUGACAGGUACCGGCUGGUCAAACAGAUCCUGUCCCGGGCCAACACCAUCCCCAUCAUUGGUUCCCCCUCCAGCAAGCGGAGAAGCCCUUUGCUGCAGCCAAUUAUCGAGGGCGAAACUGCUUCCUUCUUCAAGGAGAUCAAGGAAGAAGAGGGUUCAGAAGAUGACAGCAACAGCAAGCCAGACUUCACGGUCACUCUGAAAACCGACUUCAGUGCACGUUGCUUCCUGGACCAAUUUGAAGAUGAUGCUGAUGGAUUUAUUUCCCCAAUGGAUGAGAAAAUGCCCUCCAAAUGCAGCCAGGACACCGGGCUUUCAAAUCUCCAUGCUGCUUCAAUACCUGAACUCUUGGAACACCUUCAGGAAAUGAGAGAAGAAAAGAAAAGGAUUCGAAAGAAACUGCGUGAUUUUGAAGACAAUUUUUUCAGGCAAAAUGGAAGAAAUGUCCAGAAGGAAGACCGCACUCCUAUGACUGAAGAAUACAAUGAAUAUAAGCACAUAAAGGCGAAACUAAGGCUCUUGGAGGUGCUCAUCAGCAAGAGAGACACUGAUUCCAAGUCCAUGUAAGGGGGCACCCCAGCCCGAGUCAAGGGGGCUAGGGAUGCGGAGCGAACUUGCCACCUGCCUCCCCUGGUAAACAGCCGCUCUGCAGAAACUGGAAGGCAGCCUUGGAGCUGGACCUGCAAAGCAUGUAGCCUUCUGCCUCCAGGCCAUUGGGAUGGGCUCCAAUUUCCAUCGCCUGCCUUAGAAACCACCCAGAUGGAAGAAGGCAAUUUGCCCCGACUUAGGAAUUCUGUCGGGAAAAUCAAGAUUUCUGCGUGCCUCCAUGUGCGUACACAUGCACACACAGACACUAUAGUGGAAGUGUUACUAACACUAGCAGUGAUGAAUCACUACAUUGAGGCACACUCAUCUACAGAGAACACACACUGUUCUUCCCUGGGUAACUGAGAAACAUGAGACCAUUCUCUGUCUAGCUGUGACAGAAACAAGCUCAGGACUUCGUUCUGUGGAGCGAACGUACUGUGCAGGUCCAUGCUGUCUUUGGACCCAGUCAAGGGGGAACGUGCAUUGGAGCCCUAUCUGCUGCCGUGGCCAUUCUUGUGACCUUUGCACAGAGCUGCACCUCUCCCCUCUCAUGUGAAUUGUUCCCCUCCAGCUCUCAGGUAGAUGGAAGCUGCGUCUGCCCAUAAGGGUGGUACAAACAUCUAUUUGAAGGUGUGUUUCUUCAAGACUUCCUCAGCUGACAGAAUUUUGAUCCCUGACUAGGACUGGAUCAUCUGUAGAGGACGGAGGGAAUAUAGCAGUAGCUAUAUGAAUGCUGACUUUUAAAUCAGGUAACAGGGUGAAGAGCCUGGAGAAUUCUCUCUGGAAGGUGGACCGCACUUAUCAGUCUCAGAUUUUAACAUCAAACACUAAGCGAGGCCAGCAUGCUAUGGCAACCUGUCUGAGGCUUAGUUUCGUUUGGGCACUAGCCAAAUAUAAAGGAUUUUGCUUAAUUCUUAGCUUAAGUGUAGAGGAUCGUGAGAGAGGGAGAAAGAGCCUGUGUUCGCAGCCUCCUGAGUACUCACCAGAGUUUGAUUUUUUUUUUUUAAAGGUAAGCUGCACUAAAAUCCUCUGAGGGGUAAAUGCAGCCCUCAGAGCUCAGCCCAAGGCAGAAUCUAAGUCACGCUAUUUUCAAGAUCAUGUGUAAAGAGAACAAAUAAUGGUGUGUGGCCAAUUAUGGUUAUAAUUUUUUCAAAAACUGUGUCACAAAGCUGUCUAUAUUAGACGUUUUGGAGGGACCAGGAAUUUAAGACACCAAAGCAUUCAUCACUUCGGUGUGCUGACGUCACUUUGUGAUUUGGUGUUACUUUGUGACUGUCUGUGUCUGCACUUAGGAGAGUGGGUUCUGGUUCGGCCUGUCCAUCCUCGGCCUGCGUUUGUGCUUUGUGAGGUCGAGCACAGGUGUCUGCACCCCAGCCACUGCUGACGAGCGCAGGCGGCUCAGCAGGCUCUGCCUGUUGAAGGUGGUGGUGCAGGAUGAGCGAGACAGCAGGGGUGCCCUCCUGUCUGUUUUGAGAGUUGCCUUCUUAAAGGGUGCUAUUUUGUUUUGCUUAAUAAGGAAAAGAAAACAAAGAGAAUGUAAAACUCUACUGACUAGUUAUCAGUUUCAAAAAAAAUGGGUUCUUGAGAAACUGAUUGGCUUAGAUUUAUAGCAGCGUUUCCCAUUGCUGAAGCGCGGGAGCAGCUCUGUCAGUUGAAAAUGGUUUAAGUCGGGAGUAGGGGAAAAAGAAUACCUUUAAGUUUGCUCUUAAAAAUAAUCAUAUAGAAGCAUGAACUGUGUGUUGGAAGUGCCCUGGUCUACUCCACCCACUUAAAGACGGUACAUAAUCCUACCAGUUUAAAUGUACAUGAAAAUGUAGUUUGGUAUUCUUUACUGUUUACAUUGCAGAUCGCUAUAAUUUCAAGGAGUUAUAUUAUAAAUAAAUGAUGCACUUUAGGACCUUUUCUAUUUUUGAAAUCUGAACAUGAAUCAUUCACAUGACCAAAAAUUGAAUUUUUUUUAAAAAAAUACAUGUCUAGUCUGUCCUUUUUAAGUAAUUAUUCUCUUAAAUAAGCUAUCAUAGAAAUCAGAUCAUUACCAGUUAACUUGUAAAGCACAUCUGUUUAAGAGUAUUGUUUUGAAAAUACUAAUAUGCUACAGAGUUUAAAAAGAAAAAAAGCUAUAUAAAUGAGAUGCUACUAAAUGUUUUGAAAUCUGUUGUUUUUGCCAAAGUUAAGUAAAAGAUUUGUUCAGAAAUCCACAUUCAAAUUUGUGUAAUUGAAUAAAAGAAAACAACAACUUAUAUAGUAAAAUAAAUUGUGUAUGGAA